GUAGCUAAUAAGACGACCCGUACUAAAGAUGAAUUUAAAACCUAGAAAUGUCGUGCUAUCUACACUGUUCUACAUUAUUCUACACUCAAAAUAGCAUGACAUGCACAAGACAUUUCCAAUCAUUCUUCGCUGAUUCGCAGAUUGCGUGUGCGCCGUUCAUGGCGCUUGCUUAUUAAAACAAGACUUCGCUAGUUUCGGAGGUGUCAUCGACUGACAAGCGGUGUUCUCUGGUUAUCAGUGAAAAUUAUUUUAACAAAGUGAAGCUCUUUACAAAAUGGCGCGUAGAUAUGACACACGUACCACAAUCUUUUCACCUGAAGGAAGACUUUAUCAAGUCGAAUAUGCUAUGGAAGCCAUAAGCCAUGCUGGUACCUGCUUAGGUAUAUUAGCAAACGAUGGUAUUCUAUUAGCAGCUGAGAAACGGAACACCAACAAGCUGUUGGACGAAGUAUUCUUCUCAGAGAAGAUCUACAAGUUAAACGAUGAUAUAGUCUGUUCGGUAGCUGGCAUUACUUCAGACGCAAAUGUCUUAACAAAUGAGUUACGUCUCAUUGCGCAAAGAUACUUACUCCAAUAUGGUGAAGCUAUACCCUGUGAGCAGCUAGUCUCAUGGUUAUGCGACGUUAAACAGGCGUAUACUCAAUACGGUGGCAAGAGACCCUUUGGUGUGUCCAUCUUAUAUAUGGGAUGGGAUAAGCACUAUGGUUAUCAGUUAUAUCAGUCAGAUCCUAGUGGCAACUAUGGUGGCUGGAAAGCAACUUGUAUCGGGAAUAAUGCGGCGGCGGCAGUGUCGUCUCUGAAGCAGGAAUAUAAAGAGGGAGAGACUACUUUGAAAGAUGCGAUGGCACUCGCUAUCAAGGUGCUUUCUAAAACAUUAGAUAUGAACAAACUUUCUGCUGAAAAAGUGGAAAUGGCGAUACUGACGCGUGAGAACGGUAAAACAGAAACGAGAAUAUUGCCAGCGAGUGAAGUAGAUUCUUUGAUUGCAGAGCACGAUCGACUAGAAGCAUUGGCGGAACAAGCGAAGAAAGACAAACAAAAGUUGUAAAAUUUUAUAUUAGAUAAGGGAAUGAAAAUAAAUCGAGAAAUACAGCGUGAUGGCAAAGUUUAUUGUAUCAGAAACUUAAAAAUCUUUGUACUAUGUACUAUAUAAAUUAUCUUCUUGCUAUAUA